AAAGUGAGCGCGUGUCGGGCUUUUCGACAUGAAAGCCAACUUCGUGGGCGAUUGGCAGGAAACAUAAACAAACCAAGUACUUUCGAGUGUGAAAAUUAACGAAUUUUAAAACAUUACGAACAUGCGCCAGCUAGACUCUGGCCAAAUUUGGCCAGAAGCGUUUAGGCCGAACAAUAAAAUGUGAACUUUUGCCACAACUCUGUGGCUUGCGUGCUUGGGGUGUAGGAGGAAAUGUAACGAAUUGUGUGCGAAUAGAAUACUACGAAGAAGUCGAGCAAAAAAUCAAGCAACACGAGAAUAUAUAUCCCUAUAUAUAUAUAUAUUAUAUAUAUAUAUAUUCUGUGGAAGUCGCUCCCCAUCGCGUGUGCUGUGUGUUUGUGUGCGGGAGCUGGGCAAAUAAAUGCUCUUGCAACGCUUUUUUAGCCAGUUUAUCUUAAGGCGAAAUACUGUAAAAAAUCGUAAAAUGGAUUUACGUUUCGUAUUCAUCGUUUUCCUGCUCAAGUGGACCCAUGCACAAGGUUCGCAUCCGCCGCGGAUAGUGGAGCAUCCCAUAGAUACGACGGUGCCGCGACACGAGCCAGCGACGCUUAAUUGCAAAGCCGAGGGCAGCCCCACGCCCACCAUUCAGUGGUACAAGGACGGGGUUCCCCUGAAGAUCCUGCCGGGUUCGCAUCGCAUCACACUGCCAGCUGGCGGCUUGUUUUUCCUCAAGGUUGUCAAUUCACGUCGCGAAACAGAUGCCGGCAUCUAUUGGUGUGAGGCGAAGAACGAACUGGGCGUGGCAAGGAGUCGAAAUGCCACGCUGCAAGUGGCGGUUCUCCGUGAUGAGUUCCGCCUGGAGCCGCAGAACACCCGGAUCGCCCAGGGCGAUACCGCCCUGCUGGAGUGCGCCGCGCCUCGGGGCAUUCCCGAGCCAACAGUCACCUGGAAGAAGGGCGGACAGAAAUUGGAUUUGGAGGGCUCGAAGCGAAUACGCAUCGUUGACGGCGGCAAUUUGGCCAUCCAGGAUGCCCGGCAGACUGACGAGGGUCAAUACCAGUGCAUAGCCAAGAAUCCUGUCGGAGUGCGCGAGUCCUCGCUGGCCACACUCAAAGUGCACGUCAAGCCGUACAUCAUCCGUGGGCCGCACGAUCAAACGGUUCUGGAGGGGGCCUCGGUGACCUUUCCCUGUCGAGUGGGUGGUGACCCCAUGCCCGAUGUCCUGUGGCUGAGAACUGCCUCGGGUGGAAACAUGCCAUUGGAUCGCGUUAGUGUCUUGGAGGAUAGAAGCUUGAGACUGGAAAGGGUCACAAUUGCCGAUGAAGGUGAAUACAGCUGUGAGGCGGACAAUGUCGUGGGUGCCAUCACUGCCAUGGGAACUCUGACUGUCUACGCCCCCCCGAAAUUCAUUCAACGUCCUGCGAGCAAAUCCGUGGAACUCGGUGCGGACACGUCGUUCGAGUGUCGCGCCAGUGGAAAUCCGAAGCCAACUAUCUUCUGGACCAUCAAAAACAACAGUACACUAAUAUUCCCAGGAGCACCCCCCUUGGAUCGAUUUCACAGCUUAAACACCGAAGAAGGUCACUCGAUAUUGACUCUAACUCGAUUCCAAAGAACGGAUAAGGAUCUGGUGAUACUUUGUAAUGCCAUGAAUGAAGUGGCCAGUAUUACAUCGAGGGUUCAGCUGAGCUUGGACUCCCAAGAGGACCGACCACCGCCGAUUAUUAUAUCGGGUCCUGUGAAUCAAACACUGCCUAUCAAGUCCUUGGCCACACUCCAAUGCAAAGCUAUAGGUCUGCCAAGUCCCACGAUAUCCUGGUAUCGGGAUGGAAUCCCCGUGCAACCCAGUUCGAAGUUGAAUAUCACAACUUCCGGCGAUCUGAUAAUAUCCGACCUCGAUCGUCAACAGGAUCAAGGACUCUACACUUGUGUGGCCAGUUCGCGGGCUGGUAAAUCAACGUGGAGUGGCUUCCUCAGAAUUGAAUUGCCCACCAAUCCGAAUAUUAAAUUCUACAGAGCUCCGGAACAGAGCAAAUGUCCCACUGCGCCGGGACAGCCCAAGGUUCUGAAUGCCACUGCAUCGGCUUUGACUAUUGUCUGGCCAACAAGUGAUAAGGCUGGCGCCUCCUCAUUCCUGGGAUAUAGUGUAGAAAUGUAUUGCACAAAUCAGAGCAAAACCUGGAUACCCAUAGCUUCGCGACUCAGUGAACCGAUCUUCACCGUGGAGAGCUUGACCCAGGGAGCUGCUUACAUGUUCAUAGUGCGAGCGGAGAACUCCUUGGGCUUCUCACCACCCUCACCCAUCUCGGAACCCAUUACGGCUGGAAAACUGGUUGGAGUUCGGGAUGGAAGCGAAAAUUCUGGUACCUCACAGCUCCUUCUUAGCGAUGUGGAAACUCUACUCCAAGCCAACGAUAUUGUGGAGCUCCUGGAAGCGAAUGCCAGUGACUCGACCACAGUGCGACUUUCUUGGGAUAUUGACAGUGGCCAGUACAUCGAGGGCUUCUACCUGUACGCCCGGGAACUUCACUCCAGCGAAUACAAGAUGAUAACACUGCUCAACAAGGGUCAGGGACUCAGUUCCUGUACGGUGCCUGGACUGGCAAAGGCCUCUACGUACGAGUUUUUUCUUGUGCCAUUUUACAAGAGCGUCGUAGGAAAACCCUCAAACUCCAAGCGAGUGCGAACCCAGGAAGAUGUUCCAGAGGCGCCACCAUAUGGCAUGGAAGCUAUACAAUUCAAUCGCACCUCGGUAUUCUUAAAGUGGUUGCCUCCGCAACCAAAUCGGACUCGAAAUGGCAUCCUCACCAGCUACAAUGUGGUCGUCAAAGGCCUGGACGUGCACAAUACGACGCGGAUAUUCAAAAAUAUGACCAUAGACGCAGCCACCCCCACGCUGCUCCUGGCGAACCUCACCACGGGAGUCACCUACUACAUCGCCGUGGCGGCAGCCACCCGGGUGGGAGUUGGUCCCUUCAGCAAACCGGCUGUCCUCCGCAUCGAUGCACGCACCCAGUCCCUGGACACGGGCUACACGAGAUAUCCCAUCAGUCGUGAUAUUGCCGAUGACUUUUUAACACAGACCUGGUUUAUCGUCCUGCUGGGCUCCAUCAUUGCCAUAAUUGUGUUUCUAUUGGGCGCAUUGGUUCUAUUCAAGCGCUAUCAAUUUAUCAAGCAGACCUCGCUGGGCAGUUUACAUGGCAAUCACGCAAUCGGAACCGUGCGAAAGUUUCCAACAUUGCCGCUAAAUGGAGGCGGAGCCGUCGGUGCCGUUGGCUCAAAUUCGACAGCGGCAACUGGCCCCAAUGGUCUUUGGAUCGAUCCCACCGGCGGCGUUUGGCGACAGGGAUCCGGAGCCGGCGGUGGCGGGGUUACAGGACCUAAUGGCACAUGUACGACAAAGGAGCAACUUCCGGGAUACGCACAGGCCACCGCCCAACAGGGACAACAGCCGACGCUCUUGCCUGAUUACGAGAGACUCUCGCCCCUGAAUAUGCCCGAUUAUGCGGAAGUCGCCUGCUCCACAUUCAAGAGUCCCACCCAUGGAGCACCCUCAUCAGCGGGUGGGCCAUCGUCGGCCUCCCUGUACGAUAGCUGUGGGGCCUAUGCCACCACCAAUGUGGUGGCCAAUGUCAAGCUCUACCAGAACCGCUAUGCGACAAAACCCAACCCGGGUGGCAGCAAUAACAACAAUCACCAGAGCAAUGACUACCAAUCGGCUGGGAUGUACUCUGCUCCGCCGAGUGCUCAUUACGGAUGCCUCGAAUCGAAGCAGCAGCAGCAGCAGCAACCCAAUCUGAUGACCACAUCCACGGCCAGCACAGCCAUUGUGACAUCCUCCCCGGCAAAGCUGAAAAAGAUCAACAUAACCGAGAACAAAAUGGAUCAAUUGGAUGCCACGAAAUCGGAGCGAACGAAUCCGUUUAACCAGCAGCAGCAGUUGCUCCUCGCCAGCAAUGCCCUGAAACAGGGACUGGGAGCCUAUGCCAAUACCACUUUGGCGGCCCAAAUGGCCAGUGGCGGUGGAGCUGGAACUCUGAGGCGUCAGCGGCAGCCCAAGACGCUCUACAAAAGCGAGAAUAAUAUAUUGGGAAAGUCCGGAUUUAGGCAGAACAACGCAAGUGCGGGCACAAAUCAGAGUUCCACCAAUGCAGGAACCCUCGAUUUUCUUACCGGUGGUCCUCCAUCCGAUGCCGGUGACUACUCCGGCCUGGGACUGUGCAACUCCACCAAUCAGCUGCUCAACGAUUGGGCCUCCAGUGCCUCAAUCGCUGCUCCCGGAGACUAUCAUCACUUUGGCAGCAAGCAGCCGAGCAAACAGCACUUGUAUGUGAAGGCCAAGGAUGGCACCUGGUCGGCGGUCAGCUCGGAUGCCUACCAGUCCUUCAAGCAUCAGCAGCAGCAGCAACAGCAGCAGCAUCAUCCAUUCCUGGCCGGUUCAGGUGACAACAAGUCCUUAGCUAGUGUGAACAGCUUAGCUGGCGAUAGCAAAUUCCUGAGUAGUUUCGGUUCUAGCGCCAAUGUCUAAGCCAUAGCUUAAAACCCUCUUAACCGCUUGGGUCAAUAGAAAGUUGCUCAAUAAAUUAGAGAAGAUACAACAACCAGAUACAGUCGGGACAUUUCCCUCGAGGAUUGUGGAUAAAGUGUAAGCCUUAAUACUAUAUAUCAGCUUGCAGUGGAAGUUGGGUUGUGGUUAGUUGCAAAGGUUGCUUAGGGUUCCUGAAUGUGUUUUAACUGAUAUACCCUUUCCAUACAUUGAUUUCAUCUUACAUCACCGAAGCUGAUAGAUCACUAUUUCAUGGCUUUUAUAUAUUCAUCUUUGUUGUGAUUUAGAUAACACAGAACAUAUACUUACAACUUAGAACCCUUCUGCUUCUUCCAUACAAAAACCAACCCUUAGAUUUCUUAGACUUCCACCGAAUUCCACAAGUUCCAACCGAUAGAAUGUCCAAAAAUAAGAACAACAACGAAAAUGUAUGUAAAGAUAUACACACAAAACCCAUAAAUAUUGGCUUGUAAAUAUAAUUCCCCAACUAUAUCUAUAUAUUACAUCCUUAAUCCCUCAAAGCAUUUAGAGUAUUGCAUUUGGAGCAAGCAAAACAAAUAAUAAUUUACACACAAAGCCGGAAACCAUCUCAAAAUAGCACAGAAGUAGUUAAAGUAAGUACAUCAAAGAAACCCAAGGAAGCAAAAAUCUAAGAACUUUUUGCUAAAAAAUUUCUCCCACAGAAAAGUAAAACGAUGUUAAAGCCAAAACAAUAAUACCCAACCCUAACGAGCAAAUCUUAAUUAGAGUUAUACAAACAAUGCACGAGGCAAAAUUAGUUGUGUGAUGGAAAAAUAAUAUUAUUGAAGAGUCACCUCCCGCAGAAAAGCUAAGAAAAUGCUAAUAAUAAGGCUGUUAAAUGUAAAAUAUCAUAAACGAUUCAAAAAUGAAUGACUAAAUCUACAUUUAAACCAUGUAAUUAAAGCAUUAAAAUGUAAUUAACUGAGACUAGAAUUAGUUUGAAUAGCUAAAAGAGGAACGACAAAAACAAAAAAAAAUACAAAAAAGGAUUACAGCAAAUAAUGCGAUAUAGCUGAAAAAGAGAAAAUAAAUUAAACUAAUCAAUUAAUUGAUAAA